AUGUCACCCACCCACCGGCAGCAGCGCUCGCCCACCCUCACUCCCUGCACCCCACUCCGCAGUCUUUGUUAUAGCACCACAGUGACAUCCCUGGAUGGAUCUGUGCAACCCCGAUUCCACACUGAGGGGCAUUUGGAUGAUAAGCUCUUCCUGUGCUAUGACAUUGAGAAAGGCCAGGCAGAGCCUUGUGGACCACGGACAGAAACCCAGCUGGCAGCUGAGACCUCAGAGACCAAAGACUUGACAGAUGUAGGAGAGGUGCUGAGAAUGACUCUGGCAGAAAUCUUAAGCUCUCAGGGCCAGAAAAAUGGUUUGCAUUCGUUCCAGGAGAAGCGGGGCUGUGAGAUGAAGGAAGAAAACCUUUCCAGGGGCUUCUGGAAUUACUCCUACGAUGGGGAGCCCUUCCUCUCCUAUGACCCAGAGAACCAGACAUGGACAGCACAAAGGUUCUCGGCUUUGAAAAUCAUGAAGGAGUGGGAUGCACACAGUGAUAAACACAAGGAUUACAUUUACCGUGUGCAGGGAUCUAUUUGUAGAAAAUUACAGAAAUACUUAAAAUCCGGCAAGAACUCCAAGGAGCAAACAGUGCCCCCAGCAGUGAAUGUAACCUGCACCAAGGCCAUAGAGGGCAACACCACCCUGAAUUGCUGUGCUUCUGGCUUCUAUCCUCCGAAAAUUUCAUUGACCUGGCUUCAGGAUGGGGAACCUAUGAACCAGUACUCCCAAGACUUCUCUGAUGGGAAUGGGACCUGUAUGUCCAUAACGGUUCCCCAAGGACAGGAACAGAGAUACCGCUGCCACUUGGAACACAACCAGAAGAACAGUACAUACUGUGUCACCUGUGGGUCCGAGCGGAGUGUGGCUGCAGCGGCGGCGUGGAGAUCUGGGUUCCGGGUGAGGAGUCGCUACUUGGGGGGAAGGAGGCGGAGUAGGAAGGGAGAAGCGGAGCGCCCGCCAGAGGACGGAAGGAGGCGAAGCCGAACGACACUGGGAGCCGGCCCAGCGGCUGCGGAACGAGAGCCCAGCGCACUGAGGCAGGGAGGCCGCGAGCCCGCCCGCCUCUGCGCCUCCUGCUGUGCCCGCCCUCGCCCCGCCCGCUCGCCGCCUCCCCUACCCGAGUGGAGACCAACUACGGUGGUGGGCACGCCGGCCACAAACACCCACCACCGCCCGCCCACGAUCGAGCUGCAGCCACUCAUCCCCGACGACCAGGAGGUGAUCCUGGAGCAGAAGCGCGAGGAGGUGGUGGGCGGCGACGACUCGGAGGACCAGAUGGUGAUCAGAGCGCCGGUGCCGGCCCGCAGCAAUAAUGAUGCGCGUCAGAAGCGGCGGCUGGUGGUGGCCUCAUCUCGAAGGGCAACGGCUUGGAGAGUUAUUUGGGCGGUAGGGCCGUGGUGGCGUCUACCCAGCUAA